CAACCUUAAAGCAUAGGAUUUGUUUUGAAUAUUUUUUCCUAAAUGCAUUCAUACACGGGAAAUGAUAGUUAAGUUUUCUGAAAAUUUGGUGCUAGGUAACAUACAAAAAUAAAUUAAAAAUGGAUUCAAUAGUGGAUGACGAUGAAAAGAGAGUUACUGAUGUUGGCGACGCAAACGACCUACUUUUAUUGGAAGACACUGGAGAAGAAACAGGAAUAAAUUUGCCUGUAACAUCAUAUCGGAUGAAACCUGCAUUAAGGGAAUUAUUUCCGGCUUCCAGAAUUAAAAGUAUAAUUCAAAAUACGAUUUACGAAAAAUUGCAAGGAAAGGUUUACAAUACAGAUGAAGCGCGUAAAUGGACUCGAGAAAUUUCUGAUGAAGUAAGUUUUGCUGUAAAGGAACUGGUUCAUAUGCCCCGCUUCAAGCAUGUUGUACAAGUCACUCUUGGGCAGCAACUAGGUGCUGGUUGUCGCUAUAUAGCGAAAUGCUGCUGGGAUGCCGAGUCCGAUUCCCAUGCUUCAGAUGUUUUUACCAAUGCUAGUCUUUUUUGUGUUUGUACUGUUUUUGGUGUAUAUUUAUAUUAGACAUAUUUUUAAUUGCAAAUGAAUUACAUUUCUUAAUUUAUAUACAAGUAUAGAUUUAGUAACAUAUGAAUUAAAAGCUUUUCAUAAAAAUCAACAAGAUGUACAACACAAAUUGAAGCAGGAGCUCGGCCGAAAAUAACAUCAGCUAUUGUCGACUAUUUUAAUUAAUUUAUGUAAAUAAGGGAAGUAAAUUUGCUGAAAUUUAAGCUAUGUUGUAUCGAUUUUAAUAAAUUGAUCUACGUGAUUACCAAACCCUC